AUGAGGCCGGCCAUUUUCCUCGUCGCCCUAGCGCCGGUCGUUCUGGCUGAUCCCCAGCCGCGUACAUAUGAUCUUACUCCCGAUCUCGCCAUCCGCUCACCAGCCGCAUCAUUACCAGAAGUUGCCGUUGCGCGGGAACAGCUCCUUCCUGCGACUGAUCUGGAUGGUCUGAUACCAAGUAAAAGGGCAGCACGACAUGUUCUUCAGGCGCGUAGCGAAGGCACCCUUGGCCAAACUCCAUGGAUCGGCAUGGCUAUCGGGUUAACCGUCACUGCCCUGACAGCAGUGAUGUUGGGUUGA